CUUGAAGUAUCGUCACUAGCUCAGCAGAGCCUCAGAUUGUAUAUCUUUUAUCUCUUCAAUCUCCCAAAAUCUCUAAUUUCUAUCUCCUCCAUAAACAUCUGUUCUUACUGGGAUCCCUUUGCCCAGUCUUGAUAAAUUGUUGGUCUUUAAUUGAUCAGUUCUAGCUGGUUCUUGAAUCAAAAUUUUCUCGAGAAAAUGAAGGAAAGUGUGGGAAACCCUUUGCACCUGACUUCCUUGAACCACAUCUCACUCGUAUGCAGAUCAGUUGAGAAAUCCAUUGAUUUCUACCAGAAUGUUCUUGGGUUUGUCCCAGUCAGGAGGCCCGGUUCGUUUAAUUUUGAUGGAGCAUGGCUAUUUAGCUAUGGAAUUGGAAUACAUCUGUUGCAAUCAGAGGACCCAGAAAACAUGGCAAAGAAAAGCGAAAUCGAUCCCAAGGAUAAUCACAUUUCUUUCCAGUGUGAGAGCAUGACUGCAGUGGAGAGGAAGCUGAAGGAAAUGGAGAUCGUGUACUUGCGGCAACGGGUGGAGGAAGGCGGGAUUUACGUGGACCAGCUGUUCUUCCACGACCCCGAUGGCUUCAUGGUUGAGGUAUGCAACUGCGAGAACCUGCCGGUUGUUCCACUCGCCGGAGAGAUGGCUCCGUCGUGCUCACAAGUGAAAAUGCAGAUGUUGCAGCAGCAUCAACAACAGAUGCGUGUUGUCCUGCCUUAGGGGCAUUGGAUGCAAUGGGCAUGAUGUCUUGAGUGCAUCUGCUGUUUAAGUUUCUUAAUUUAAAUGAAGUGUAAUAAGACAAAUGUGGUUGUCCUUAUAUGACCUGAAAAAUGGUCAUUGCGAUGACUUCAUUCACUUGGAAUGUUAGUAGACUUGUUUGUUUUUUUUGUGAGACUCUCAAUUAAAUGAUGAUUGACAGGUUCAUAUUUUGAAUA